CAGGAACAAUGCGGGAUGACAAGAAUAUAUACAAUUCAUCAGCUUAAGUCCUAUGUUUUCUUCAUAUCAAUCCUGAUAUCGAUGGAGAGGGAGGUACAAUGUUCUAAUUUAGAUGCUGAGUUCUGUGGAGUUUCUAAGUUAACAAGAGAGGUUGUAACAAUAUGUCCAACAGACGAAGAUGCAUGGCGGGUGGCUUCAGAAAGGAAACAGUGCUCAUCAUAUGCUGGCAAAUGCACAAGAAAUUUAACAUAUCAUUGUGUCAUAAAUCCCUGGCAGAAUUUAACGUUGGAAGUUUGUGCCCCUUCCACUCGAAUUCGUGCAGGUCACUGUGCUGAAUAUAACAAAAGAGGAGGCAAAAUACAGGAGUUUUAUCUUCAAAACUGUAAAACAUGUUUGAAGGAUUAUAUGUCAAAUGAGGCGUAUAAGUACAAAGAGUGUUACACAUCGGUUUACAAAACUCAUCAUCAUCAACAGCCAGAACAACAAGCUCAACAACAGCACGGAAAAUCAAAGAAUAGGGACACCAGCGUAAAUGCCAGCAGUUUAGUUGAUUCGAGAAACAUUAAUAUAUUUUGUGUACUAUUUCUGUUACAAACUAUAUUGCUAAUUAAAUUUGUAUGAUUGA